AAUGGAUGAAUAACUUUUAGAGUUCUUAGCCACAAGAAAAUUAAUCAAAUUAUCCAAUUAUUUUAGUAAAACUAUCAAAUAAAUAAUAUAUGCAAUCAUAGUCUAAUUUAGGAAAAAUAUGGCAUAAAUUGAAAUACCUAGAUUAUCGAUUUUAAUGUAACUUCUGAAACAAGAGGUUUAAAAGUGGCCACCAAUUGAUAAUCUAAAACAAAUUGUCUACAUAUUUAAAAUUUAAUUAUAAAAAUAUGCUUGCAUCUGCAAAUAAAAAUAGAGUCUCAGAAAGAUUAAAUAUGACAAACCUUAAACAUUAGAAAACAAAAACAAUUGA